CUGAGUACGUCCUUAGGCCAACACGGCUACAGCCAACAACGCUAGAACCACAGAACUGCUCUUAAAUGGGAUUCUGUGGAUGCCCAGAAAGGUGACGUUUUCUCACCAUCCCCAGGGUCAUUUGGGGUCAGAAUCAGUUGUAAGGCUUUCUCCUUGCUCAUUUACAAUUCUUCUACAUUCUGUUCCUCCCACUUUUUCCACAGAGGAGAGAAGACGUACCUGUGAAGAAGAUGGUGAUGGGUUUAUUUGCUUCUAGAAGGCGGUGACAAGUGGUUAUUGCUGUCCAGGUGCUGGGAAAUUGGAAUCAGCUGUCGGGUGCAAUGGCAAACAGAACUGGGUUCAAUGCUACUCAGGGGCUAGGCCCUUUUUCAGCAGCUGAGGUUUCCACAUUCCAGGAGGCUGUCGGCCUCUUCUUCAUGGUCCUGCUGAAUGUCAUAGCCCUGGUUGCCAACAUGGCUGUGAUGGUAGUUAUCCUCAAGACCCCUCUCCUGAGGAAGUUUGUCUUCGUCUGCCAUCUCUGCCUGGUAGAUCUGUUGUCUGCCAUUUUCCUGAUGCCACUGGGGAUCAUUUCCAGCUCCUCAUGCUUCAACAGGGUGAUCUAUAGCAUUGCAGAGUGCCAGACCCUGAUCUUUUUGAAUAUCUGCUUCAUCAGCGCCUCCAUUCUCACCAUCUCAGUCAUCAGUGUAGAGAGGUAUUACUACAUUGUCCACCCAAUGAGGUAUGAGGUCAAAAUGACCAUUGGGCUGGCAGUCACUGUGGUGGUCUUCAUCUGGAUUAAAUCUGUCCUGAUCACAGUCUUGGCUUUGGUGGGAUGGCCCCAAGACAAUGGGGCCACCAGUGCCAGUAAGUGCACUGUGUACUGGAGCCCUGGAGCCCACAAGAAGAUCUUUGUCAUUGUCUUCAGUACCCUCUGCUUUAUCGUGCCCACCUUCAUUAUCUUUGCUGUCUACUGCAGCAUCUACAGAGUGGCCCGGAUUGCUUCCCUGAAGCAUGCCCCUGUCCCUUCUUGGACGGCCACUCCCAGGCAACGAUCAGAUUCCAUUAACAGCCAAGUGACUAUCAUCACGACCAGAAACCUGCCUCCCCGGCUGUCCCCAGAGCGGGUGUUUGGAGGGAGAAAGGCUGCCUUGACCUUAGUACUCAUUGUGGGCCAAUUCCUGUGUUGCUGGCUGCCAUUCUUCUCCUUUCACUUACACUGCUCUGUUAACUCAGUCACUCCUGCCGGGGGCCCUGGAGAGAUUGUUGUUACCUGGCUUGCCUACUCUUCUUUUGCCAUCAACCCCUUCUUCUAUGGGCUACUGAACCGUCAGAUACGGGAAGAGCUGUCCAGACUGGGGAGGAACUGCCUCAACAGAUCCCUGACCCAGGACCUCUGUCUCUCUAGUCCUGAGGAGUCUAUCCAUGAGAACUUCCUUCAGUUCCUACAAAGGACUGGCUGCACACUGGAGACCCAGUCCAGCUACAUCAACUCCAGCCCCAGGAACACGGUGGACCAGACCAUGAUGGGCUUCAGAAUUCCAGGUCAAAUCCCAGAAGAAACCAACUGAGAAGGGACAGGGGUUAGGGUGGAUAUCAGGUCACUGUGGUCUGCAUCCUGGCUGCUGCAGCAAGGAGGAUUGAUGUGGGGUUUCAGCUCACGGGAAGGCCUGACUGGCCAUUUUCUGAUCUGGUGAAGGGUGAUGCAUUUGAGAGGAUUUAUCUUCUUGAGCAUGGGAGGGUAAAGCUAACUCGGCAAUGCUGUUCCACAGGGGGGUAAGGAAAACCAACAGGAGGGUGCAAGGAAGAGGGAUGGGUGUUUAUGAGAGCUAAUCCUGUUCUUCUCCAAGCGCUUUUCAUCAUGCACUCCAGAUGCAGCUUUUGAGCUUUUGGAGAGCUCCUGCCACAACCUUGUCUUCUAGAUGGGUUGUCAGGGAAAUCAAGAGGUCACCAGAGGUCACCUAAUGAGUCAGUGCCUUGGAUAGUUGUGAGAGGGGGAGAAGGUCUGUGGGUCCCUUCUGUCCCCUUCUCCCUUGUUUCAGUCUUGUAGAUCACCGUGCCUCCCUCUGAUCUACAGAUCAGCAAUUCCAGGAGCAGGGAUGGGCAGGCAGCUCUAAUGAGGUCUAGUUGUGAGUGAGGGGUAGCCAGGCCCUAUCUGUUCUUGUGGAGUGAGGGUUUCAGUGUGGAUUCACUUUCUUGACCCCAGAGCUGUGCCUGCCCAUGGGAUCAGAGAAUGUGCCAUCAAAGGGACUUCAAUAGGCAGCCAUCUGAGACACUUGUUCUGGGCAAGCAGAGCUCUGUUCGAAAGCCUGUGAGGUCUGAAACAGGACAGGUGAAGCUGCUGUGCCAAGCUGUGGUGGGAGCCAGUGGAAAGCAGCAGGGAGCCAGUUCCUGCCUGCCUAGGGGCACCUCAUGCACAUUCAGCCUAAUCCAAAGUGAAAGCAGCCUCUGGAAUGACUUGAUGAGACAAAUGCAGGUUGCCAUGGAGCGCAGAAGGGACGGUGUCCUUAUGGUGGGGGCCAGAUUCAUCUGUGGGGUAAUGCCCCUAGUUUCAGGGACCAUAGGAGGCUUGCCAUGUUUCAGGGUGCUAGGUAGUAACAGAUGAGGAUCAUGGCAGGGGUAAUACCUGGCCUGCAGCCAUCACAAUCAAAUCACACACCAGCAAGGAGUUCGGUGCCAGGCUCAGAGCCCACUGCAGUACAAAGGUUAAUGCUUUUCUCUAUAGAGACAACCAGCCCUAAAUACCGGGUGCCGGUGAGUGGGGAUUUCCCCUGCCCACACAGCAGGACUUGCCUGAGGUUACAUGUAAUAGGUUUUUAAUUAACUGCUAAUGUAUUUUUUAAAGAGCGAUUUUAACCGAUUUCUAUUAAUAGACUUG